ACGUUUCUUCACACUAGCUGCUCGUUAAGCUGAAACUGGAGUGCGCAGCCUGUAGGGCAAGUCCCACAGCGCAGAAGUCUGAAACGAGCCUAGACAUGACGCUAAAAAUGAACUUUGUCUGAACUUCCUGAUAAAUUCAACACAUUCUUCAAGGUUCAAAGGUCACUGCAGUUCAGAACGUUUUACAGAGAGAUGGACCACGUCUUCUUCCCAGCCUUCUCCCGUGUCGCGAUCUCUGGUGGCACACAUGGGAACGAGCUGUCCGGCGUCCACAUAGUGCGAGAGAUGCAGAAGCACAAUGUAAAUCAGAUGGGCUCUCUCUCCGUCUGCCCCAUCCUCAGCAACCCUCGGUCCAUUGAAGUCUGCAGGAGAUACAUCGACACAGACCUGAACCGAUGUUUUACUGACGCCUUAUUGAGUACCCCACUCACGGAUAGCUCAUCCUGUGAACUAAGGAGGGCCCAUGAGCUGAACGCUCUGCUCGGCCCCAAAGGGAGUGACCGGGCCAUGGACCUGGUGUGUGACCUGCACAAUACAACCUCCAACAUGGGCCUGUGCUUCAUCAUAGACUUUUUAGACUGGAUUCUCCUCCACAUGGUCAAAUAUGUACAGAUCAAGAUGCCCACUGCUCCAAUAAGAGUUAUCAACACCAAUGUUGCUUCCAAAUCUCUGUCAUAUUCUGUAGAUUCUGUGGCUAAGCAUGGCUUUGCCAUUGAAGUUGGCCCUCAGCCACAUGGAGUACUCAGGGCAGACAUUUAUAACAUGAUGAAAGAGGCGGUGGAUCACACUUUAGACUGGCUCAACAAAUUUAAUGCAGGAACAACAUUUGAAGGAGACAAAGUGGAGGUAUUUGUAUGGGAGAAGAGCGUAGACUAUCCUCGAGACCCUGAAACUAGUCAACUGACAGCUGUCAUCCACCCCAAGCUACAGGAUAAUGACUUCAAACUCCUGCAGCACGGCAACCCCAUUUUUAAGACUUUUACUGGAGAGACAGUGAACUAUGAGGGAGAGGAUCUUUACCCGUUCUUUAUCAAUGAAUGUGCAUAUUAUGAGAAGAGGAUAGCCUUUCAUUUAGCCAAAAAGGAAACAAUAGCCUUUCCACCGAUAAGUGUCAAGAAAGAAUAAAAUGAACUAAUUUGAAUGAUGCUGCUGCUCUAUGCAAUGAUUAGAACUAUGUAAAUUGUACUUGAAAAAGAACAUGAGAUUUUAUUGAAUUACUAUUUUUUGCUCCGACUGAAGCUACCACUACAGCACCAUUUUGUCACUUUAACAUGCACAUGG